AUGGACAUGUUCUGGAAUGAAAUAGAGGCACUGAAAAAAAAAAAGCUUUCCGAGGGGCAGGUCCUGGUGCUUGACGGCCAAGGCCAUCUCCUGGGCCACCUGGCGGCCAUCGUGGCCAAGCAGGUGCUUCUGGGCCGGAAGGGUGUGGUCGUGCGCUGUGAGGGCAUCAACAUUUCUGGCAAUUUCUACAGAAAUAAGUUCAAGUACCUGGCCUUUUUCCGCAAGCAGAUGAACACCAACCCCUCCCAUGACCCCUACCACCUCCGAGCCUCCAGCGGCAUCUUCUGGCGGACAGUGUGAGACAUGUUGCCCCACAAGACCAAGUGAGGUCAGGCUGCUCUGGAGCACCUCGAAGUGUUUGAUGGGAUCCCACCAACCUAUAACAAGAGAAGGCGAAUGGUGGUGCCCGCUGCCCUCAAGGUUGUGUGUCUGAAGCCUACUCAGAAGUUUGCCUACUUAGGGCGCCUGGCUCAUGAGGUUGGCUGGACGGACCAGGCAGUAACAGCCACCCUGGACGAGAAGAGAAAGGAGAAAGCCCAGAUCCACUAUCGGAAAAAGCAGCUGCUUAUGAGGCUACCAAAGCAGGCAGAAAAGAACAUCGAGAAGAAAACUGACAAAUUCACAGAGGUCCUCAAGACUCAUGGAUUCCUAGUCUGAGCCCAAUAAAAUUGACUGUUUAUUCUUCAAAAACAAAACAAACAAAAAAAGAGAGACUUUCUUUUAUUCCCUCAUGCAAGCAUGCAUGCUAAGUUGAUUUGCAGCCCUCUGUACUGCAGCCCGCCA